UUGUGUGGUUUCAGAGAUCUGAAAGCCAGGUGUAGGAUUAGUGGGAGGAGGCAUCAUGUCAAUCAAAAUACUGAAAAAAAAUCUUGUGAAGCACAAUCCAGAUCUCUGCUUUUCUGUUCUUAUGCUUUCUUUUAGAUCAGCAAUAUUUUUAUUAGAAAAUUAACCAUUUACUUCCUUAGAAGCAGCAUGGCCAGCAGGACCAGUGCAGUCACCGCCACUGCUGAGGCCACACCUCGAGUGCUGUGUCCAGUUCUGGGCCCCUCAUGACAAGAAGGGACAUUGAGGGACUCCCUGACAUGGAGAAGCUGCUGGAUACUGUAAUAACUCCAGGCCAGAUCUCCUGCUUUAUAAAUAUGGUAAGAGUUUUAUAACAUUUGUUUUAUAUGGAAAGUUUUACAUGCUGUCUGUCUCAAGGGAGGGGGAAAUAGAAAACUGGUUCCAUGUGGAAUUUUCUUGUGCUUUCUUUUCACCUUCUUAAUUCUCCGGAAUUCCAGUUGAGGGAGCAUGUUGUCCAUUAGAGAUCCCUUAAGAUUUUAGUUUCAGUAAUGACUAAAGCAGAAUGGCAUUAUUCUUAUGAAGGAAGAAUAACACCAUCAUGGGAUUUUUAAAGCUGCUCUUCUAUGGCUAGUUAACAUGUUAACAUUGUUGUAGAAAAUAAUUACUUCAUUAUGGAAUUGUGAGACUGAAAAAGUGAGCUUGCUUCUAAAUAGGCUUAAUUACUCUAGAAGUAUUCUGUGCCAGUAUUCUUAUUCCAGAGACAACAAUUUGCAUGGGGAAUUAUUCUGGAGUAGUGGUGGCUAAAUCAAUUACAAUUUCCCUCCUGUCUUGAGAGAGAGCACAUAUUGACACUGUGAUGCUAUACAUGAGAAUUUGAAAAAAGUGAAUGUGCCUUACUCAAACUUCUGAUUAGAUAGAGAAUUUGGCUAAGAUUGCCAGAACAAAAAUUUACAAAACAUGUUUGCAUUAAGAAAUAAAUUAUAUUUCCAUUCUGUAAAAACUAUUGUACCAACAUAAAAAUGUCACUGGCAUUCCAACAAGCAUCGGCUUAAUCCAAACUUGCUUGCACAAUUCCUUUUUUACGCGUUGUCCUCAGUAGUUACAUAACUAUUCUGGCACAUGUGGAAUGUCAGAAAAAUGAAAAGGUAUCUUCUUUGCCCCAAGGGUUUGCAGUCUAUUAGGACUGCUUUCCUGGGCUGUGCACUUCCUCUGUUCCAUAAGCUGGUUCCUAGCUCAGUCAGCUUUGAACACAGUGGGGGAUACAGAAACUGUCUGUGAUUUAAUUGACUGUGUUUAUACUAUUGUUAUUUUAAUCACUAUUUUAAGGGAACAUUUUCUCUUCUGUUGUUUUGCUCUUUAAUCCAUUUUGGAAAUACUCAAUGUCGCACCAGCAACAUCACUCUUUUCAAAGCUGUGGUCUAAUUAAAAUGUGCUGAACCAAACAGGCAAAAUCCACAUUGUUCUUGUUUUUGCUCUGUGUGCAAAUGACAUUAAACAAUAUUUUGUCUAAGAGCAGCAUUGUUCUGUGCAGCUUGUAAAAGUUAAUGAACAUGAUGAACCCUUUAAUAGCUCCAUUCUUUUAUUUACUAGCAGUGUGUGCCCCAUUCCUAGAACAGCUUAUCUCCUCCCAGCCAUACAGUCAAAGCAUGCACUUCACACAACAUGGAUUUCUGAAAAUAAUUGUUUCAGAAAGUUUUAAUACUGCUUUAGGAGAUGACUGUCUGUAAGACUGCUGUUCCUUGAAGUUCAAUAACUUUUGAGAAGAAAAAGUGGUGUUUUUGGGUAUGUGCAUUGUUCUUGCAGAUUUUUAGGAUUGUUGAGGUGAGGUGAUUUAUAAGAGACUUUUUUGGGGGGGAUUUAUUCUGUAAAUAGCUUUAGAGAAUUGGAGAGGAUCAGAGCAAGCCUGUAGUAUAAGAUUUGACAGUGUAGGUCAGUUGCCUUAGUGAGUGGGAAAAAAAGAGCUGUGCCAGCACAAAACCAUCAAUGUAGAAGCAACUAUACAACCAGAAGAAUUCCUUUGUCAGCCUAGCUAGUGUUGUUUGUGAAGGGAAUGUUAUAGUCCUAGCAGAAAACCCUCUUUCUCUUGGUAAGUGCUAUGUAAUUAUGCCAGCAGAAUUUCUGAAGUACAGUCAGGCAAAAAAGUUGGCACAAGCUUCAACAGAGAAACCCUGAAGCAGUGCCAGAAAAAAACUUUGUUGUUUAUGUUAUGUGUGGUAAACAGAUCUCAAGUUAUUGUUCUGUGACAGAUGAAUUUCAAUCCUUAAUCAUUGACAUGAUGAUAUUACUUUGAUUUUCCAUCCAGAAUCCUCAUUUUAUUAUUUUGGCUUAGACACUCACAACAGCUUUUUUCAAAUUAAAUAGUGAAAGAUAAAAUUUUUCAUACCUUUUCCAGGUUACUGAUUUCUGUCAUGUAAUAUCAAUUUAACAUGUCACAAGUAAGAACUGAUGAGGAUUUCUGGAAGUCUUCAGUUUCUCCAGAUGUUUAAUGGAACCAACAGUCAAAUUUGGGUUCAUGGCAGGAAAUGCUCUGGCUGGAUGUUCGGUGCUUGGUGUGCCCGUUUUCUGCCAGAGCAACGUGGAACUGGAGGUGUUCUGCUCCCGUGGGAGAAGGCUGUAGGGCCUAGGAUGUAAAACUCCAUGAACUGACUGGAUUAAUGAAUUAAAGCUGUUUGCCAUGUGGUCAGACAAAAUUUACAUGAAAACUAUCUUGGUGCAGCUGUUCAGUUUUUCUAAAAUUGUGAAUUGCCAGAAAAGGAACAGUAAUUCCUUGGGGACCUCAGAGUUAAAUCCUUUUCUGUAACACGAUCCCAUGUAGUGGAGCUGUGAUGGAAGUCCAUUAUUACUGCUAGCUGUUCUUAGAGUUGCUCAAACUGAGAACUGAGAAGCCUUCUGUAGAUGAUCCUUGCUCUUUUACAACUUCUGUGGCUUUGUAGUUCCAUAAUAACUGCCCCUGAUGGCACAGUGCCCCAAAAAUGAAUACUUUGAUAAUUUGCUGCUCUCUUGCACUCCUUGUCACCUCCGGUGUUCCAGUGCACCACCGCCCUCCUGUGAAAGCUACUGUGAGAAGAGUACCGAUUCAAGUGGAAUUCUUUGGAUUUGUUUGGGCAUAGGGUUGAUUUUAAUAUUCACUCUGUUUACCUUAAUGGUCCUGUUUAAAUGGAAGCACCUAAAGCAACUAAAAGAAAAACUGGAAAACACAGACUCCUCUGUGGAGCCGAAUAAUAUUCUCAAGGCUAAUACUGAAAGCAGUGUGAAUACAGAAGAAAUUAGACACACACUUCCAAGUGAAACAUUAAUGUAUUCAGUGGAAGAAUGCACUUGCAGUGACUGUGGCUUGGUAAAACCUCAGACUGGCUGUGAAACUUCAUUUCCAUUACCAGCUACUGAAGAACGAGCUGCUGUUCUAGUUACCACCAAAUCUUUUGAUUAUUAUAACUAUGUUCUGGGUGUUGGAUGACUGGGAGAGAAGUGUAUUUGUACUGAGUAAUAAUAAAUGAGUUAUUCCAGUAUAGCUGUAAACCUUAAUACUUGCAGUCAGUGGAGAAGGUAGUACAUCAUCCUUAGAAAUUUCCUAGUGUGCUUGCAUUAAUAUUGUCAUAUUAUUUCUAAUUCUAGUAUUUAAUUAGUCAAGUACUUCUACAGUAUUCUCAAGCACUCAACUAGUUAUUGGAUUUUUUAUUUCAGAAAGUCCUUACAUAGGACAGCUUUCUCUGCCUUUACAGAUUGUACCUACUUACAGCAGA